AUGCUUCUUCUCGGACUCCUCACCCCCCUUCUCGGCCUUGCUGCCGCUGCCCCCAACCCCAAUGCUCCCUCCAAAGUCAAGAUCCACGGUGUGAGUCUCCUUGGAACUGGCUGCCCUGCUGGCACUGCCGAUGUCCAAGUUGAUGCCACCGGUACCCUCUUUGAGGCUACCUUCUCUGCCUACGAGGUGCAAACCGGUCCUGGCACCAAGGCCAUUGACUGGCGAAAGAACUGCAAGCUUACUCUCAACAUGGAGUUUAGCUCUGGUUUCCAAUUCUCCAUCCUCGACACUGACAUGAUUGGAUUUGCUGAAAUCCCCAAGGGUGCCAAGGGCCAGUGCACAAACACCUUCUCCUUCACUGGAAACCCACAGAUGGUCAACUACAAGAUCAACCUUCCUGGUCCCUACAGCGGAAACUUUGAUCUCCAGUCUCGUGCUGGUAUCGAGUCCUGGUCGCCCUGCGGUGGCAGCACUGCCAUCCUCAACAUGAACACUGCUUGUGCCCUUUCCCCCACUCACCUCCCAGCUCUCAUUGCUGUCGAUCACAUCAGCGGCAAGCUCGUGGUCAAGUUCUCCGUCCACUGGCGCCGCUGCCACAAGUAA